ACCGAUGAAUCGUCGUCUCCUCCAGUGCAGGUCUCUGUGCCGCGCUGAGCGAGGGUAACACUGAGCGGAGAGCGUACCAGGCGGGUGAGCGCUAUAAGCUGCACUGAUAGGAGCGCUGCUGCUGGGACGGGGAGGAGGAGCACAAUGAUUUGCCACACAACCUACGUAUCCUAUGUUUUCUGUUGUCUGGUUUCCGCAACGUUAAUACUGUCCGCUGUCGCUGAAGAACAAGUGCACCCAAAUGUGGAAGAGCAGGCGCACACUGGCACUCGCUUCGAUAAGAACGCGGUACACGAUAAAGACCAUAUAAUGGAACACUUAGAAGGCGUUGUUGAGAAGCCGGAGGUAGAGAUGUCCCCUCAGGAACUUCAGCUUCAUUAUUUCAAGAUGCACGACUACGAUGGCAACAACUUAUUAGACGGCCUGGAGCUUGCAACUGCAAUUUCCCAUGUACAUAAGGAGGGCGGUAAUGAACAUGCCCAGACGAUAAGUGAAGAAGAGCUUGUUACCUUAAUAGACGACGUUCUAAGAGAUGACGAUAAAAACCGUGAUGGAUAUAUUGACUAUGCAGAGUUUGCAAAAUCAAUGGAAUAAAGGCGCUCUAAGUGUGACUGUGGUUCUCCUAAGUGUGACCUAAACUGCUGCAAUUAAAUCUGUCUAUAGUACUUGGAUACAUGCGUGACACCGUUGUCUGUAUUAGAUUGCAGCCACAGACUUGUGGCAUCUCGUGGCUAUUGCUUAUUGGCUUAAUUUAUACAAAGUCAUGAUAAUCUAUAGCUAAAAAUACAAGUUUUUAUGGUUCCAUAAA